AUGGAGGAAUUACUAGCCGAUGGGUUAUUAGAGGAGACUUCCGGGAAAUACAACGGAAGUAGCAGGAAUAAAUUAGCCAAUGUCGAGUCUCUUUCAUGGCUAGCUUACAUAAGAAACGCCACACAACGGAAAAUAGUUUUGGACACAACGUCGCUUGUUGCCUCUAAAAUAGUCCUGUCGGGUCCAAAUACUUCCAGCCAGAUUGCCAGGUAUAUGUACUACGAUGUCCCUGGAAAUGGCACCGACCAGCCAAACAGAAUACAUUUCCACAUUCGUCUAUCCUAG